AUGCUUUCUUCAUUAAGGCCGAUUACAAUCGGACUAGUUUUAACUUUACUAGCUAUUGUUCAUAUUCAAGCUCGAACAGCUAAAAAUGAUAAUGAUACAUCCGAUAAACGAUUGAAACGACAAUACAAUCAAUAUCCUCAACCACCGGCGGAUCAAUCUUCACAGAAUGAGUUCGGUGAAACUUACAUUCAAGGUUCUGAAUGUAAAGGUUGUGGACCACGACGAGAUUGCCAAUGUCCUGGCAAAGGUGCAAUGGGUAUCACUGGUCCACAAGGUUUUCCUGGUAUUCCUGGCGAUCGUGGUCUGAAAGGUCCAAUCGGACGAGCAGGUAACAUUGGCCUUCCUGGUGAAAAAGGAGACCGUGGUCAAUAUGGUAACAAAGGAGAACGUGGUGAAGAUGGUUUAUUGCCUAUUGAUGGUCAAAAUGGUUUUCCUGGUCAGGCAGGUGCUGUCGGUCCGCGCGGUAUUCCUGGUGUGCCCGGCUGUAACGGUAGCAAGGGUGAAUCCGGUGAGAAUGGUCGCAUUGGAUUAGAUGGUAUUCCUGGCUCUCGCGGUUUACCUGGUCGAGAUGGUGAUCGAGGUGAACCAGGUGAUUCAGGCGGUUUCAAUGGCAUUGUACCUGGCCCACGUGGUGAUCUCGGUAUACCCGGCCGUCCUGGCGUUGCCGGUUGGCCUGGUCCUCCAGGUAUUCCAGGAGCCCCAGGUGCUCCCGGCUUAUCAGGUCUAGAUGGUGCACCUGGUCUUCGAGGUGAUCCAGGUUACCAAGGCUUACCUGGUCAACAAAGCUAUGGACUUAAAGGUGCCCGCGGUGAACCAGGCGAUGCCGCUCCAUCAUCAGGCUCGAUUUCUUAUGGUCGUCUACGAGGUCUAACAAACGUACAAGGACCCCCGGGUCAACGCGGCCCGGAUGGCGACCGCGGUUAUAGAGGAGAUCGCGGCCAAUCUGGUUAUUUGGGUAUUGACGGUUUACAAGGACCCAAAGGAGAAAAAGGUGAAGGCGGCUCACAAGGUUCCAUGGGUAAAAUGGGUAAAGAAGGUUCGGCUGGUCCGUAUGGUGUAAAAGGAGAAGCAGGUACACCGGGUCUACCUGGCAAUGAUGGUCUUCCUGGAGAACCUGGCCGAAAUGGAUAUCCUGGUCCAAAAGGACAACGCGGUGAAAAUGGUCCCAACGGUCCAAAUACUUAUGGCGGCAGACGUGGUCGACCACUACCAGGUCCACCUGGUUUUCCAGGCAUGACGGGUGAUGCUGGUCCAAAUGGUUUCCCCGGAGCAUCUGGUUUUCCUGGCCGAGAAGGUAUCAAAGGUGAACGUGGUGAUUAUGGUAGUCCUGGUGCGCCCGGUCCGAUGGGAGAAACAGCUGAUGCUGAAAAGGGUGAUCGUGGUACUGAUGGUCUUCCUGGCCCACCUGGCCUACCUGGUCCUGCUGGCUUUCCGGGCGAUAAAGGAGCACUUGGUGAAAAGGGUUUCGCUGGUGACGAAUCAUACGGAUCACGCGGUAGCAACGGUCAAAUCGGUCGACCCGGAUUUCCUGGCUUACCCGGUCCACCUGGUGACAUUGGUGAACCAGGUCCACCAGGUAUACCAGCCGAACCAGGCUUCCAAGGUUUUCGAGGAUAUGGUCCCUCUGGUCCACAAGGAUACCCCGGCCGUCCUGGUCUACCCGGCCCGCCCGGCUUUCCUGGUGUUCGUGGUAUUAAGGGUGACUCGGGUGAACCUGGUGGCUGCGGAUUUUGUCCACCUUCUGUCAGUGGCCUCCAAGGUGAUCGCGGUGCUCAAGGUUAUCGUGGACGACCAGGUUUGAAUGGUGCACCUGGUUUUCGAGGUGAAAAAGGUGAAGCAGGAUUGCCUGGAACUCCUGGAACAGAUGGUUUACCUGGCCCAGAUGGUAUUCCCGGUCGUGAUGGAUAUCCAGGUAUCCCGGGACGUAAAGGUGAAGCUGGUGAAAUGAUUGGCGCCGAUGGUAUCAAAGGUCGUCGCGGAGCACAAGGUGAACCAGGUGUUAAAGGUUACCGUGGCGAUGUCGGUGAAACUGGUAGAAAUGGUCGAGAUGGUUAUGAUGGCCCUCCAGGUGCACCAGGCCCACGAGGUCCUUCAGGUGAAAUAGGUCGCCCAGGAGCACCAGGUCUUCUUGGACCGAAAGGUCCACUUGGCCCACCUGGACCUCCCGGUCAAGUUUUCGCACGUGGUCCACGCGGUCCUGAGGGUGAACCAGGUCCACAAGGUAAAACUGGUCGACCUGGUCUUCCUGGAUUACCGGGUGAUGAUGCUCCAUGGAGUUACCUUGCUCCAGGUGCACCAGGCUUGAAAGGUCUUCCUGGAGAUGUUGGUUUUGACGGACUUCCUGGUGCUCCUGGAUUACCGGGACCAAACGGUCUUCCUGGUGCCAAUGGUCUUCCUGGUGCUCGAGGAGAAAAUGGUCGCCCUGGAAUCCCUGGCCUAGCAGGCGAAAAUGGCAUCAAGGGAUACCCCGGUAUGGACGGACGACCUGGUAUGGAAGGACGACCUGGUCUUCCAGGAUUGAGCGGACAACCCGGUCUUCCUGGUAUUCCUGGAGCUAAAGGUCAACCAGGUGAAAUGGCUGUUGCUACACGCGCUGGUCCACCGGGCAACCCAGGUCCAAAGGGUGUCGUUGGUGAACGCGGUUCACCUGGCUUCGUAGGUUCACGUGGUAUUCCUGGUGGUCGUGGCUUACCUGGUAGUCCUGGUGUCAAUGGCCUUCCGGGAUCCCCUGGCAUGCAAGGUCCUAGGGGAGAACGCGGUGGUGCUGGCCCAGGCUUCUUAGGUGAAACUGGUGUUCCUGGUACGCGAGGUCGACCUGGAGCUCCUGGCCGAGCUGGAAGUCCAGGUACCUCUGGUGCACCAGGUCUUCGAGGAUUACCUGGUGAUGCCGGCCGUCCUGGUCAAAAUGGAUUACCUGGUUUUUCAGGCAAACCAGGCGACCGUGGUGACAGUGGAAGCCCUGGAUAUCCAGGUUUAAUGGGAAUGAAAGGUCGCCCUGGUCUACCUGGUGACUCUGGAUUACCUGGCGCUUCCGGUCCAAAUGGUUUGCCAGGUGUACCAGGAUUAAAAGGUCCUCAAGGUGAUGUCGGAGAACCGGGUAUUGGUGGUGGAGUGAGCCCAUCAGGUCAAAAAGGAGAAAUGGGUGAAGUUGGUUUACCAGGUUUGCCAGGUGCAAAAGGUAUUCCUGGUGAUCUUGGAUCAUCGGGUGAUAUUGGACCACGAGGUGAAGCUGGUUUCCCCGGUCUUCCUGGCGCUCCUGGUCUCCCCGGCCGAGAUGGUCGUCCUGGCUUCCCUGGUCUGAAAGGUGAAAAUGGCGAUUGGUUCAAAGGCAUAUCUGGCCCACGUGGUGAACCAGGUUUACCUGGUCUUCCCGGUCUUCCCGGUGUCCCAGGUCUCCGAGGAGUUCCUGGUUUACCCGGCCCAAGCGGUGGACGUGGAGUACCUGGUAUUAUUGGAUUUCCUGGUCUACCCGGCCUAAGUGGAGCACCCGGUUUACCUGGAAUGAAAGGACAAUCUGGUCAAAGUGGUCUUCCUGGAGUUCCCGGACAACUUGGUGAUCGAGGCCUCCCCGGUCGCGCUGGCUUACCUGGCCUUCCUGGAACGAAAGGUCCCAUGGGUGAACGUGGUCGAGAUGGUGUAGCUACUGAAACAGGACCAAAAGGAGAACAAGGUGAUGCUGGUGCGCCAGGAAUGCCAGGACUUCCAGGACAAAUGGGUGACGCCGGUCUUCGAGGUAUUCCAGGUCCUAAUGGCCCGCCCGGGUUACCAGGUCGUAAUGGAUACCCUGGCUUACGUGGAGAAAAAGGUUUACCCGGUAUUCCAGGCAAAACAGGACGACAAGGCUUUCCUGGUCUACAAGGAUCUAAAGGAAAUGCUGGCAUGCCAGGACGUUCAGGUCCUAAAGGUCAACCGGGUGAAGGCGGUGGCAUUGUCAAUGGUAUUCGAGGUGACGCUGGUCGCGAUGGUAUCCCGGGCCGACAAGGUGCUCGAGGUGCGCCCGGUGACGCAGGUCAGCCAGGUUUACCAGGCCGUGAUGGUCGUGGAGCGAGUGGUGGACGAGGUGAACAAGGUGACCGUGGCCAAAGCGGUUUACCAGGUCGACCAGGCGCACCCGGACUUCCAGGCAGAGAUGGACGAUCUAGUAUAUCUGGCCCGCCAGGUGCACCGGGUCUCGCGGGAAUCAAUGGUGCCCCUGGUGCCCCAGGACUUCCAGGUCCAAAAGGAUUACCGGGUCAACCAGGCCCAUCAGGCAAUCCAGGUGCUCCAGGCAGACGAGGUGAACCGGGUACACCAGGAUUUCCUGGCUCCAUGGGUCGCAAAGGUGAAAAUGGUGAUGGUGGUCUUCCAGGCGCUCCAGGUCUUCCAGGUUUACCAGGUCCUAAAGGAGAAUCCGUUUAUGUCGAACCGCUACCAAUAAGAGGUCUUAAAGGUGUGCAUGGUGAUCAAGGAUUACCCGGUUCGCCAGGUUUACCAGGUCAAAGCGGAUAUCCUGGACAAAAAGGUUAUCCAGGUCAAGUUGGUUUAGUUGGACGUCCAGGUAACCCAGGUUCAUUAGGUGCUCGCGGUACGGUUGGUGAUGUUGGUCUCAAUGGAGCACCUGGUUUACAUGGUACACCCGGCCCACCAGGUAUUGCUGGUCCUCGCGGUCCUCAAGGUGAUGCUGGCGAAGGCUCAUUCAUUUUUGCACGACAUAGUCAAGAUACUACUACACCGCAAUGUCCACAUCGAACACUCAAGUUACAAGAUGGUGGCUACUCAUUUAUGGGUAUGCAAGGCGACACAUAUGCUGCACAUCAAGAUCUCGGCUCCUCGGGUAGUUGUUUACGUCGCUUCAGUGCAAUGCCAUUCUUGUUUUGUGAUAUUGGUAAUGCAUGCCAUUAUGCAUCUCGUAAUGAUUAUUCAUAUUGGUUAUCGACAAAUGAACCCAUGUCUGCCAGUAUGUCACCAUUUGAAGCACGCGAUAUACCAAACCAUCUCAGUCGUUGCGUUGUUUGCGAAUCACCUACACCAGUGUUCGCAAUUCACAGUCAAUCUCAACGGGUUCCAACGUGUCCCGAUGGAUACGAUCUUUUAUGGUCUGGCUACAGUUUUGUCUUUACAUCAGCUGAUGGCGGCCGGGGUGAUCAACAAAGCUUACAAUCACCUGGCUCAUGUCUCGAGAAAUAUCACGAUCGACCAUAUUUUCAUUGCAAAGAUCAUUCACACUGCAACUACUAUCCAAACAUGAUGACAUUUUACCUUGCUACUCUCGAUGAUUACACUGGUUUUGAAAAACCCAAAGUCCGCACAUUAAAAGCUGGUACACAACGGCAAUAUGUUAGUCGAUGUGCAGUCUGUCACGCAAACUUAUUUAAGCAAACAGCAAGUGGACCAUCAGCAUUUUUCGCCCAAGUGAAGAAACUCUAA